AUUUAAUGUCAUUCAAUGUGUGGUUAAACGAUUAUUUAAUCUUUUAUUAUCUGAAUCCUGCAAUAGUUAUUUAUUUUAUUUGAAAAAUCUAAGUAAAAAUAUAUUAAUUAAUUUAAUAUAUUUUUCCUGUAACCCAGAUCGAAAAUUGGUUCUACUAUGUUUUCUCCGGAAGAGCAACAAAUUGAAAUAUGUUUAUUGAAAUCGAAUUUAGAAAAAAUUGAAGAUGAUAUAGUUGUACAAAAUUCUGCAUUGCCGGAAUUGGACGCAGAAAAUGAACAAAAAUAUCGCGAUACAAUGACCGCGUUGCGAAUAGCACGCUCUUUAAACUCUGAAUCGGAAAGGCUGAAUCAAAAAAACGUGAAAUUAACAGCGAGGCGUAUGCAGCUUAAACGACAAUGUGACGACAUAACUACAGCGCUGGAAACAGCGAGAGGAAAGCGCAGCGAUCUCGUUGAUUUAUUGAAACGCGAGGAACAAGAAAUGGAAUUGCAAAUAUGCAAUUACGAGGAUUCACUACGUGCAAUGGCAAAUAGAUUCAGAACAACUUCUAAUUAUUAUAAUGAAAUAGAAACAAAAAAUAAGAUGAACGAAGUCGAAGAUGAAAUUACAGAGUUGGAAAACGAAAUAAAGAACCGUCAACUUGUGGCUGAAGAAUUAAGAAACCAGCUCGAAUCUUUGCGUUCUGACGUUCCGGAAAAUAUACUUGAAAUAAUUGGGAAAACGGAACUAGAAGAAAAGUUGAAUAAUGUUAUGAAGAAAUUGGAAACCCUAACUGUACAACGUACUCGCUUACACAAUUCUCUUGAAACUGGCUGUCAUGAAUCAUAAUGGAAACAUAAUGAACUGA